UUCGCUCGAGUAGUUAAGAUUAUUCAAUUGGAUUCAUGUCGAAAGCUAUAUUCUACGUUUUUGUUUGUUUCUUCAUGCUACACGUCGUAGAAUGUCGAGGCCGCUCAUACCUACAAUAUGAUGAUUUAGUUUCAGAUGGAAUGAACUUCUAUCAUGAUGUUUAUGAAUCUGAUACCACCUACAUUAAACAGUUGAAGCAAGUUGAAACAACAAAACCAACGUUAACGACGAUGACUAAUUCGACGGAGGAAAUUUGUGAACAUAUGUAUGGGUUUUUACCAUGUUCAAGCAAUCUUCUAGGACAUCUUUUUCAGAUUGUUGUUUACGAGUACUUGUUAUUUCUUGGUGAAAGAUAUGUCACAGAAGGAAGUGAACUAGUUUUCCAAAUUCUGCCUGGUAUUUUUGGUGCUUCUGUUUUCGAAAUCCUUGGGGGAUUCCCUGAAGCCAUGAUACUCAUAGUAUCAGGACUUUCUAAAAGUAAGGAGAUUGCUGAAGAAAAAGUUCUCACCGGAGUCGGUUUGCUUGCUGUAUCUACCGUCUUGCUUCUAACUUUAGUAUGGGGAACUUGUGUCAUCGUUGGCAAGAAUGAAAUUCUUCCCGGUGAUUCACUUUCAAUUUUGAAUCGGAAACGAGCAGCUAAACGACCAUUGUUUUCCAAAGUUCGAUCUUAUAUAACUGGUUAUGGUAUUACUACUGAUCAAGAAACGAGUAUUACUUCAAGGAUUAUGAUUCUAUCUAUAGUUCCAUUUAUUCUUAUUCAAAUACCAGAACUAAUCAUGAAGUUAUCUUACGUUCGAAAAAUCAUCACCGUGGUUACACUAGUUGUGUCGAUUGCGCUGUUACUUGUGUACUUCCUUUACCAGGUCUUUCAGACGUGGAUUCAUGACAGACGAUUAGAAUACAUGAAACUCGAGCACCUAAUGGCAAGGUUCUUGAAGCAUGUUGAAAAACAAGCUGCCGGGAAGCUUUUGGCAGCAGAUGGAACUCCAAAUUUACCUAUCAUAGAAGGGCUAUUUGACAAAGUUGAUGUGGACGACAAUGACAAUAUAUCUCCCGAGGAAUUUAAAGAAUUGAUUAGAGAAAUCAAAUCCGAUACGAAAAAUAUGGACCAAAAUGAUAUCAUUGAUGAAGUGGUUAAGGAGUUCGACGCAGAUGCUGAUCGAAUGAUUUCAAAAGAUGAGUUUGUUAAGGGUUUCGCGAAAUGGCUCGUUAAGAGUAAGAGCAAUAUUAGCAGUCGAAGAGGAGAAGGGUCGUACACGAAAAAAUACAUCGAAAACUUAUACCAGUUUGAAAAUGACGAUGCAGUGGUCGAAACUUCUCUCAGAAUAGAAGUUGGUAUACCGAAUGUAUCAUUUAUCACAAGAUUGUUCGACAGAUUUGACAUAGACAAGGAUAAUCUUAUUUCGCAUCAAGAACUACGAACACUGAUAGAGGGUAUCAAGUUUGGAAAGAUAGAGUUGGAUAUGGACGAUGCCGUUGAGGAAUUAAUGAAUGAGUUAGAUACCAAUGGUGAUCAUAUGAUUGAUAAAGAAGAAUUCAUUAGUGGCUUCACGAAGUUUGUCGAAGCAAAUCAUCCGACGACUGGAUUUCCAGAUACUCCACAUGUAAAAACACCAAGGGAAAAGGUUAAAGAAGUCGAAGAAGGAGCUAUCGAGAACAAAACGAAGGCGGGUUGCAAAGCUGGACUACUAUUAGUUCUAGGAAUUUCAGUUCUAUCUUUACUUGCUGAACCUCUUAUAGAAGUUGUUCAGGAUUUCUCCAAUUCCGUGAAUCUACCAUCUUUCUUUGUCUCGUUUGUCUAGUUACCCGUGGCUACUAAUUCUAGAAGGGCAGUUUCAGCCAUUGUUUCUGCAAGUCGAAAGAAUCCUCGAACUACUUCAUUAACAUUUUCUGAGAUUUAUGGAUCCGUGUUCAUGAACAAUGUGUUAGGAUUGAUUGCACUUCUAUCUCUUGUAUAUGCAAGAGACUUGGAAUGGAAUUUCUCAGCUGAAAUUUUGAUAAUUCUCGUCAUUUGCUUGAUAAUGGGUCUUCUGUCAAGUUUCCGCACCAAAUUCCCUAUCUGGAUAUCUCUGAUAGCAUACCUUUUGUACCCAUUGUCUCUACUCAUGGUUUACAUUCUUAAUUCUGUCUUGAAAUGGCAUUGAAGUGUGAAGAGUGUCAAGUGUGAACACUUCGUUACCUAGUAGGCUUAUGAAGGUUGGAUAUUAUGUGGGCUUUUCCUCCUGCUUCUUGCUUCUUUAAAAUUUCAACACCAAGUGGGCUACAAACCCACAAUGCGGUGGAGUGGAGUGCAUCAAUUCCGUAACGUUUAUAUACUAAGUAGUAAUAUCUAGCCAAUUGUGGAUGCCAUCCCUAUGACCGUGUCCC